CCGCCAGAGGGCGGCCUGCAGGCCUGGCUGACCGUGCUGGGGUCGUUCUGCGUCACCACGGCGGUGUACGGCCUCAGCAACAGUGUCGGCGUGAUCCAGCCCUUCUGGGCCAAGCAUCAGCUGGCCGCCUUCUCCGUGCAGAACAUCGCCUGGAUCUCGGGCGCCAACAAUUUCCUGUGCCUCUUCCUCGGCGUGCAGUUCGGGCCGUGGUUCGACCGCUUCGGCCCGCGCUGGCUGCUGCUUGCCGGCAGUGUUAUCUACAUUAGCGGCCUGCUGGGAAUAGGGUUCCUGUCGCAGGACGCCAGCGCAGACGAAGGAGGGGUCCACGCGCCCGGCACCCUGUUCGGCCUGCUGAUGCUGCUGUGGGGCGCUGUCAUGGGCACCGGCGCUGCGCUGUGCUGCACCGUCGCACUGUCGGUGCUGGCCCACUGGUUCGACCGCCGCCGCGGGCUCGCGGCGGGCAUCGUCUUUGUGGGCAGCAGUGUUGGCGGCAUAGUGUUCCCGCUCGUGCUGCGCGCCACGCUCGAGCCCCUCGGCUGGGCCUGGAGCAUGCGCAUCCUCGCGCUCGUCGUCGCUGUGCUGCUGUGUCUCGGCAACCUGCUGAUUCGUGGCCGUAUAAAGGGGAAGAAGGGAUCGGGUGCCGUCGACUUCCGGUGUUUUAGGGACUGGCGGUUUGUGUGGACGACGGUGGGAACACGGCGGCUAACAUGCUCCCUCGAAUUGCUCAGGGGGUCGGGAUUUGGCCGACUCACCGCGGGUGCCAUCUCGGAUCGGAUAGGCCGGUUCAACACCAUGAUCCUGACCACCAUCUUCUCCAUCGUCACCACCUUUGGCGUCUGGCUUCUAGUAGAGACAUAUAGAAUGUGGCUCUUCUACCUGUUCGCCGCCAUGUUCGGCUUCGGUACCGGCUGCGUUAUCAGCGUCGGCCCUAUCUGUGUCGGACAGUAA